AUGAACGAACCAGUAUCAGCAACACCGCCAACUAAACUUGAUAUCAUAACAGAUAAUGUUUAUACAACGGAUGGUACAACACAACAUAUGCGUUCAGUUUCAACAAAUUCAAAUAAUCCCACGAUUGUCAAUGCACCACGUACACCAACUGAUGUAAGAUCGUAUCAUUCACCAAUGAUGCGAACAGCAAGUAUUGACAAUUCAAAUAAUCCAUCGAAAUCUAUGACGAUUGUCGUUCAAAAUCCAUUUGAAGAUUCCAUACGACAUAUUGAAGAUUCGUCUAAUGAUUUAUUGGGUGGAUCUAAAUAUCUUCUUCAUUGUCCAUCACCUUCAAAACAGCAUAAUAUAGUUAAUGUACAAUCACCACGUACAAUAUCCCGGACUCCAACACCUGGUACUCCACAUCAAACUCCUGAUGAUGUAUCAAUGCUAUCACCAUCGAUGUCUACAAAUCUUCAACGUCAUCCAUCUCAACAAGCACGUCCACAGCCGUCACCUUCACAAUCACAAACAUCCAAUAAUGGUACAUUAACAAAUAUAUCAACAGCUCGUAAUAUUAUACAACAGCAACAGCAACAGCAACAGCAGCAGCAGCAGCAGCAACAACAACAACAACAACAACAACAACAACAACAACAACAACAACAACAACAACAACAACAACAACAACAACAACAACAACAACUACAGUCUCAGACUGUUCUACAUCAUGUACGAUUUAAUCAAGACUUACUAAAUAAUUAUGGUAUUAAUGUUCCUAUGACAAGACAAACAUCUCAACCAGGUACGACUGAACCAUCACCACCUCCAUCGAAUUCACCAUCGGUUACAUCAUUAAUUCCUCUCCCAUCACCCUUAACAAAUAAUUUAGGUGUUAAUAUGCAUCAUAUAAAUCAAGCAUCUAUCACACCAGCUAUACUGGGUUUUCCUAUGCAUCAGUCAUCUCAACAACCAGGUGCGAAUAAUAAUUUUAUGUCUCCACAGCAAACAAAUGUACAAAAUAAAUCAGAUAAUCAUCAUAAUGUUUCAUCUCAUGGAUCACAUCAUCCGCUUCAACCUUCAACUCAUCAUGCACCAACUGGUAUUUAUGUUAAUACUCGUCCAAUGGUUUCAUCUUCUGUCACAACCGUUACUGGUAUUAGUAAAGUAAAACAACAAUUACAACCUCAACAACAAAUACAAUCACAACAGCAGCAGCAGCAGCAGCAGCAACCAAUAAGACCUGGUAUACCAACCAAUGGAACUCCAACGGGUCCAUCUACUGUUGUUCUACGUUAUCCACCAAUGAUACAAACACCACAGCAACCACAACAUAAUGCUUAUCAAAUGAUGAAACCUCGAAUGAUACCACCAAAUGCAUUUAGUUCACGUGGAGCACCUCUACAGCCGCCACCUCCUCCUCCUCAACUAAUUAUGCAACAACAAUCACCUAUCAUAUACGAUCCGAAUACUCUCUAUCGAACAUCUGGACAACAACCACCGUCACAACAAGUACAACAAUCUAUAAAUUCACAUCAAUCUAAUCUGCAUAUGAAUGAUAGUCUUAUAAAUCAACAAAAACAUCAACAUCAACAAUCUAUAUCACAACAAGUUCUUCAUCUACCGACGAGUAUGCUGACGACAGAUGAUAAUAUUCUUAAAUCGUUAUUACAAAUUAAUCCACAAGCUAAUUCAGAAGAAAUGGCUGCAACUGUAUUAAAAACACGACCUAUCAAUACAAUGUCAAAUGGUAUGUCUACCGAUAGUAAUGAUCCAUAUGAUAGUUCUCCAAUGAAUAUUCAUGAUAAUUCAUCACACAAUUAUUCAAAUAAUAAUCAUCAUUUAUAUAAUCAAUCUCUUAAUGCACAAUCACAUCAACCAAAUCCAUCAGCACCAACAAUACCAAAUGUGAAAAUUCCUAAACCCCGUAAAAAACGUAAAGCUAAUGAUUUGAGUACAUCAUUCGAAGAUGAUGUACCGACAAAAGCAAGAAAACGUAAAAAAAAAGGUACAGAAGAAGCAGAAAAAUUUGUUGAACUUUCACUACAGCAAUUACGUGAUUUACCAAUGUUGACACCGCUUGAACCAUCAAUUGAUAUCAAUAAUGAUUUAUCAAUAUCAUUACCAUUUGAUUUACCUGAUAAAAAAUAUCAAUAUCAAGGUGAAUUUGGUAGUCUUUUUAUUGAAAAUCUUCAAGAUUAUUAUCGACCAUAUCGACGGCCACCGCCAAAGCCUAUAUCCUCAACGUCUUCUUCAAAUUCAUUAUCAAUGCUUGAAAGACGUUAUCGUCUAUGUUCCACGUUACUUGAUCAUCCGCCAAGUUUGCCAUCGCCACCAUUAGCUUUCGAUUCUAAUGAUAAAUUAUCUGAUUUGUUAUUAAAAGAACAAAAUAAUGAUAUACGCGAUGACGAAAGUAUUAUAUCAACAUCGACAUUAGCUGAUGAUGAUCUUAUGAUGAAUAAUAUUGAAACAGAAAAUUUACAUUUACUUAAAACAUUAGCAUCGAAUCAUGAUUUAAGAUCAUUAAGUCCUGUAUUAAUAUCUAAUGAUAUAUCAGCAACAAAGAACAGUGAAUUACUAUUACCAUCAUCAACUACAACAAUGCCAACAGUAGAUAUUAAAAAAGAAGUUAACGACAUAACAACAACAACAACAAGCGCAUCACCGAGUGGAAAUGAACUUGAUAAGAAAGAUCGACUAAUUGUUGAAGGAGCUGAUAAGGUAUCGGUUACAUUAACAUUAACAACUGAAGCAGCAAAUAAUGUUCAAAGUGUUAUUGCUGCUGUUGCUGAUCUACUUAAAAUUGCGUAUCCAUCAACAUUCGAUGUCCAUCAAACAUUAAAUAAUAACUCUAAUGUUCAUUAUUCAUCAUCAUUUGAUCCGAACUGUUUAUGUUCGACAACAUUAAAUAAUAAUGGCGAUUCAAAAAACUUUCUAUCUGCGCCAUCAGCAUCAACAAUUCCUCAAAUAUCGACAGUAUGUCGUUCAUCGUCAACAUAUAAAGUCGGUCGUGAAACAUGUGUUAGUAUUCAAUCAUUAAUUGAAAUGCAACCGAAAUAUUGCCGUAACUGUACACAACGAUUGACAUCAGAUAAUUUAUUUAAAAAACGUUUAACUGAAUUACCGGCAGCUGUUAGAGAAUUAAUACCGAACUCCGAACCAUUUGUUUAUUUUUGUAAUGAACAAUGUUUUAAUACUUGUAUAUCAAUUACGCAUAAUCAACAACAAGCAUUAACAAUAAAUACGUCAAUUAAUAAUUCGCCUACAAUUAAAAAUGAACCUAUGGAUGCAACUACAUCACCACCUUGUACACCCAAUGAUUUAAAUGAUUCGCCUAAUGGGCGAUCGAAACGUUUAUCAGUCAAACGACGGCAAGAUAACCUUAAUAAAUCAAACGGUGAUAAACGAUGGAAAGAUAUACGAUGGAAACGAUGGGAUCCUAGUUUUACACUGAAAACUGUCAUACGACCAUCGAAUACACAAGAAAUUGAACAAUUAAUUUCUGAUAUGAGAAUACCAUUGCCACGAAAUGGUCAACACGAUAAACGUAUUUGUGCUUUUUGCAAUGGUGUUGGUGAUUUGACAACAAAUGGACCUGGAAGACUACUUAAUCUUGAUGUUGGCCAAUGGUGUCAUUUAAAUUGUGCUCUAUGGUCAACAGAAGUCUAUGAGACAGUUAGUGGUGCAUUGAUGUGUGUUGAACAAGCACACAAACGUUCAGUUUAUACAGAAUGUGCAUCAUGUAAACAAAAAGGUGCCAGUUUAACGUGCUUUUUUCAACGUUGUCCGAAUACAUAUCAUUUUCCAUGUGCUGUCAGUAAUGGUUGUGUUUUUUAUAAGAAUAAAACAAUCAUGUGUCCAGUUCAUGCAUCACGAACGAUAGCUAUUGAUCAAAUACUUGACGAUAAAUCCGUCUUUCGUAAAGUUUGGAUCAAUAGAGAUGAAGUUAAACAAAUUCAAAAUUACAUGACUGAAGAACAUGAAGAAAUUUCUUAUAUACUCCGCAUCGGUAGUCUUAUUCUUCAUAAUAUCGGUCAAUUACUGCCUCAUCAAUUACAAUCGGCUCUAUUUCAUAAUCGAAAUUUCAUCUAUCCCGUUGGAUAUUCUGUAACACGAUUUUAUUGGUCAAUGCGUCGUCCUAAUCGUCGUUGUGCUUAUAACUGUUCAAUAAUUAAUCUUGACAAUAGACCCAUGUUUCGAAUACGUAUACAAGAAAAUGAAGACGAACCAGCGAAAGAAUUUCUUGAAUCAAGUGCUAAAGCUGUUUGGCAUAAAAUUGUCGAUGAAAUUGAUUCAUUGAGACGACAACAUGGCCUCGUGAAAAUGUUUUCAGUAUUUGUUAGUGGUGAAGACCUAUACGGAUUUACUGAACCACAUAUUAUACGUUUAAUUGAAUCAUUGCCAGGUGUUGAAAUGUUACAAAACUAUGCAUUUAAAUAUGGUCGAUUACAGUUACUUGAUAUGCCAUUGACACUUAAUCCAACAGGCUGUGCAAGAAGUGAACCCAAAUUACAAACACAUUUUCGACGACAUGCACAAACAUUGACAAGUUCACACUCAGCUCGAAGUGCUUUACCGAGAACUGUACUCGGUGUAGAAGGUACUCAAAUACCUUAUGUUAAACAUUUCGUUCUAUCAAAAUCAACUCAAUAUCGAAAAUUAAAAACGGAAUGGCGUCAAAAUGUAUUUCUUGCCAAAUCACGUAUUCAAGGCUUAGGUUUAUUUGCUGGACGUGAUCUUGAAAAACAUACCAUGGUUAUUGAAUAUAUUGGUGAAUUAAUUCGAAAUGAAGUUGCUAAUAAACGAGAAAAAUUAUACGAACAGCAAAAUCGUGGAAUCUAUAUGUUUCGAUUAGAUGAAGAAAAUGUUGUUGAUGCAACAAUGAGCGGUUGUUUAGCUCGUUAUAUAAAUCAUUCGUGCGAGCCGAAUUCAAUUGCUGAAGUUGUACAAAUAGAAAAAGAUAGCAAAAUUAUAAUCAUAACUAAUCGACGUAUUCCUAAAGGUGAAGAAAUAAUGUACGAUUAUAAAUUUGAUUUUGAAGAGGAUUCGAAAAUUCCGUGUUUAUGCGGUGCAACUAAUUGCCGAAAAUGGAUGAAUUAA